AUGCUAACACAGAAAACAAGUGAGGCGGAAAGUAACUACUCCUUGCAAAAGAAGAAAAUGAAACAGAUUUUAAGAGAAAAGAAAUAUCACGAAAAUAAUCUACAGCACAUAGGAGACAAUUAUAAAAACAAACAGAUCAGAAACUUAUAUCAAGGAGUAAAUAAUGAAAAGCGGGGUUACCAAACUAGAACUACGUACUACAAGGAUAAAAAUGGUAAGAAGAUAUUCGAUGAGGAAGAGGCCCUUGCACGCUGGAAACAAUACUUUGAGCAGUUGCUAAACCCUGCAGACGACGCGGCCAAUGACUACAACGAGAAAAAUUCAACAAUCCAUCAAAGACCUCAACUAACUGAAGAAGAUCCGCAAACAUUAUCGGUAGUCGAAAACCUCAUAAGCAUCCUGAAAAAUGGUAAGAUCCAAAAAUGUUUAAUCUGUUUUUAA